GGGGCUGCGAGGCGGCAGUCGGUGCGGCGGGGCGCGCCCGGCACGCAGCGCUCCGCUCCCGCAGGAAGCGGCCCGGGGCGGGGGCGGCCGCUCGCAGCCAUGCCGGGCCCGGGGCGCUGAGCCGGCCCCGCCGCCGCCCCGCACAAUGGAGGAGGAGAGCAUUAAGCAGAGUUCCCGUUCCUCUGAGGCAGCUGAAGAUGAAAAGGACCAGCGUACAGUGACAGUCAAUCCCUCUCACAUGAGAAAGGCUUUCAAGGUCAUGAAUGAAUUACGGAGCAAGCGGCUCCUGUGUGAUGUGGUGAUUGUGGCUGAAACCGUGGAGAUGGAAGCUCACCGGGUGGUGCUGGCAGCCUGCAGCCCUUAUUUUUGUGCCAUGUUUACAGGAGACAUGUCUGAAAGUAAGGCCAAGAAGAUUGAGAUAAAAGAUGUCGAUGGGCAGACCCUGAGGAAGCUGAUUGAUUACAUCUACACCGCUGAGAUCGAGGUCACAGAGGAGAAUGUGCAGGUUUUGUUGCCAGCUGCUAGUUUAUUGCAACUGAUGGAUGUUAGAAAAAACUGCUGUGACUUCCUUCAGUCCCAGCUGCAUCCCACGAACUGCCUUGGCAUCCGCGCUUUUGCCGACGUGCACGCCUGCACCGAGCUGCUGCAGCAGGCCAACGCCUACGCAGAGCAGCAUUUCCCUGAGGUGAUGCUAGGAGAAGAAUUUCUUAGCCUUAGUCUGGACCAGGUUUGCAGUUUAAUAUCAAGUGACAAGCUCACAGUCUCCUCUGAAGAAAAGGUCUUUGAAGCAGUUAUCUCUUGGAUAAAUUAUGAGAAGGAAUCUCGCUUAGAGCACAUGGCUAAGCUGAUGGAGCAUGUUCGCCUGCCCCUUUUGCCCAGAGAUUACCUGGUACAGACAGUUGAAGAAGAAGCUUUAAUCAAGAAUAACAACACCUGUAAAGAUUUCCUUAUUGAAGCCAUGAAAUAUCAUUUGCUUCCUCUGGAUCAAAGGCAACUAAUAAAGAAUCCCAGGACAAAGCCAAGGACUCCCGUUAGCUUGCCAAAGGUGAUGAUUGUGGUGGGUGGGCAGGCACCCAAAGCCAUUCGCAGUGUGGAGUGCUAUGAUUUUGAGGAGGAGCGGUGGGAUCAGGUUGCUGAGCUUCCCUCACGGAGAUGCAGAGCAGGUGUGGUGUUCAUGGCUGGCAAUGUCUACGCCGUGGGGGGCUUUAACGGGUCGCUGCGGGUGCGCACGGUGGACGUGUACGACGGCGUCAAGGACCAGUGGACGUCCAUAGCCAGCAUGCAGGAGAGGCGCAGCACGCUGGGCGCCGCCGUGCUCAACGACCUCCUCUACGCAGUGGGCGGCUUUGAUGGCAGCACUGGUCUGGCAUCAGUUGAGGCCUAUAGCUAUAAAACCAAUGAGUGGUUUUUUGUGGCUCCCAUGAACACAAGAAGAAGCAGUGUUGGAGUUGGAGUUGUGGAGGGGAAGCUGUACGCCGUGGGGGGCUAUGACGGAGCGUCGCGGCAGUGCCUUAGCACGGUGGAGCAGUACAACCCCGCCACCAACGAGUGGACCUACGUGGCUGACAUGAGCACACGGCGCAGCGGGGCAGGUGUCGGUGUGCUCAGCGGGCUGCUCUACGCCACCGGGGGCCACGACGGGCCCUUGGUGAGGAAGAGUGUGGAAGUCUACGACCCAGGGACAAACACCUGGAAGCAAGUAGCAGACAUGAAUAUGUGUAGAAGAAAUGCAGGUGUGUGUGCUGUGAAUGGUCUCCUCUACGUGGUGGGAGGCGAUGAUGGUUCCUGCAAUUUGGCCUCGGUGGAAUACUACAACCCCAGCACAGACAAGUGGACAUUGUUGCCAACCAGCAUGAGCACAGGGAGGAGUUAUGCAGGUGUGGCUGUGAUUCACAAACCCUUGUGACACACAAUCAAGCCAAUGUGAGGAGCAGAAGUGAAGUGGAUCCAGCUAGGUGGUGUUGGGAAGAUGACUGACCUCUGACUUGACCCAUCUCAUUGCUGUUAAUGUCUUAGCAUGACAAGUGAUACGUUGCAAGCAUCAUCCACUCUGCAGUGGAUUGCAUAGCCAAGUGAAAAUCCCUCUGGGGACGUGUUCCAUGCUAGACACGAGGUGUUGCUUGUUAUCUGUGGUGCAACCAGCUGUUCUUCUCGAUGGCAUGUGUCCUGAGAUAAACACUGUGCUUGGACUGCAGGCACGGAAUUUCUUGUGUGAAACAAAACUGCUACGUUUGGGCAUGUGAGUAAAAAUGAAUGUUUCUGGAUUUCUUCCCCAUUGAUGCUCCAUGCACAUCGUUGGUUGAACUACUUACUCACUGUGCCUGGAGGGUGGACUUUAAUACUGGCAGUGGAAAAUUCUGAGUUCCAAUAGAGAAAAACAGCAGAAAUGGACUGGAACAGGGUGGUCUGGCUCGAGUGUGACACUGUCUCAGUCAUACGUUUGUACAUGCCACUGGACUGCUGUAUGUAUCCCUGAAAUGCUUGUGGAAAUAAACACCAUGUGGUUUUUCUACUUGCCAUGAAUGCUGUGUGCUGUGCGUGACAGGAGCUGCUGGGCAGUGCCUUCCCCGGGGCCGAGGGCUCCGCGCCUGAGCCGCGCUGAACUUCACAGCCCCACGCGACACAUGCUGCUCCCACGGGCUUUAGGGCUCCUGUGAAACAAAUGUUGCUUGAAGAGAAAAUGUUCCCAACCCACACGUUUCAGCUGUGCUGAAAUCUUCAGUUCUAGCUCUGUCCAGCAUCUCAAUGCCAUUUCAUAACAGAGUGUUUAGAUGUUAAAAAAUAGCUUAUGGUGCCAUUAAUGUAGAGACAUUCCAUACAGUGAGAGCCCUCUGUCACCCAAGCAGGGAGGGAUUAAUGAGCCAAGUAAAAUACCUGCAGUGUUUUAAUGCUUCCAGAGCAUGGAGAUGAACUAAUCACUGUCACUGUAAUUGCUAUUUUAGUCUUGCCCUUACUGAAAGCAUUCCUUUAUUAGUAUGAAGAACUCAUAAGAUUAUUCAAAACAGACAAAUCUAGAUCCAGAUGUAAGGGACCUGUCUUGCUUAUAUACCAAAUUCUAAAAGUUUUUUGUUUAAGUAGAUGUUUGACUUUAAAAUACCUUUUUGUAUCUCCCUAUGAGCUCUGACAUGUUUCUGCACACAGAGCUGAGCUCCCAGAAGCUCCCCAGCUAAAGGGAACUAGAGAAGAAAAAUAUUUUCUCUACACUUUUUUUUGUUUGGGGCUUUUUCAUUUGUUUUCCCCUUGUAGAUCAGCUGAGGCUUUUUGUUGUGGGCAGCUGUCUAGUGUUGUGAUGCUGGUUUCUAUCUCCAUAGAUCUGCUCUGUGUGACCUUUGACAGUAGAAAAGAAAAAUACUUAAAAAUUUAUUUCAGAGGUAUCUAAGCUGCAUUAUCUUGUGCUGCUUUUGUGGAGGAGUGGGUUACUUGUAAGAUGAGUGCCUGUCCAUUGUGGGGGAAGCAGCCCCUGCCUGUGUUGUGUCACUGCCCUGCAGAGGGGCUGGCAUUCCCUUCACGGGAAAUGUGAGGUAGCUCCAACUCCUUUUUGGAUGUUACUGCUUUUAUAAACAAGGGCAAACUGUUUAAAGAAAAGGCAUUGCUACUCUUUAUGUCUACCCUUCCACUAUAUGUAAGCUCAGAGGUCUUGCAAAUAGUAAUUAAAAAAAAAAGAAAAAUAGUCUUUUCCAUAAUACCCUUUAAAACUUUCGCUUUGAGUUUUACAAUCUGCAGCGAAACGUGCCAAAAUAAUAGUGUGACAUGCUGCUCUCCUGUGAGGUGCUGCUUACUGUAAAAGCCAUUGAGGCUGCUAGGAAUGUACCUUGGUAGGAGUGUUUCCCAGUAGGAAUGUUUCCCAGUAGGAAUGUUUCCCAGUACUAAUGUUGCCCUGACUGCAGCUGCCUUUGGAUCAGAGUACUGAGAUGUGCGUUUAUGGUGCCCUAAGGAAGGUGAUGAGGCCCCAGCUGGAACAGACUCAAAUUCACUGGCCCAAAAGGUGGUUCUCUUCCAUGCAGCUUGGGAAUAAAGGAUGAGACAGACCAAGCACUUCAGUCUGAGAUACCAUCUCUUGUUAGGUGGAGGUGACUGGACAGGCCUGGACAAGCAUUUGGGCACACCUGGCCCUUGUUAGGUCUGGUAUAGAAAUAAAGCUAAAUAAACUCCUCUAUAAGCUACUGUACAGCCCAACUGUAGCUCAACAGUUGGGAGCAGGUCCCAGUCAACAUUCUCACACCUCUGGCUUCACUGGAGUAAAGGCAAAUAUUAUCCAGAGACUAUGAGUUAAUGUGGGCUGGAGAUAAAAAUUGGUAGGUACUGCUGGAGAGGUGCAAGGUUGCAAUUUGCUGUGUUUGUCAGAUGUGAAAAGUGGGCAUAUCUGGAGGUGGGAUACUUUUAUCCCCUGCUAUCCGUCUGUUCAUAAAGCUUCCUUGCUCGUAAGGAAAACAGGUUUUGGUGGUUCUCUGCUCUGUAAAAUGGCACUUGUGCCCAGUGCUGGCCCAGAGCUGUGGCUUGCUGGACAGGGCUAGGACUCACAGCCCUUGCCAGGGACGAGUGAUGCUGUUCCCAGCUGCAGCCAGUGCUCCUGGAUGGCAAAUGACACAUUUCCUCCCUCCCUUCCCAAACGUUGCAGUGUUAUGCAAGUCAAGUGACCUCGUUUCCAGCUAUGCAAUACGAACAACCGUAACAUGUGAUGAACCAGCUGUACCCCCCCACCCCCAAAAUAUUUUUGGAAUUUGUCUUUGGUGUGUGGUUUCGUGUUUGUAUUGUUCAUUUUGAGCACCUGAGCCAGAUCCUUUACAGAUUGCCUUUUUCUAGGACUGAAAACGUAGCAUUAGCACUAACAAAUUUUACUGUAAAUAUUUUUAUAAGACAAUUUAAAAUAAUUUUUGGAUUGCUUUUUAUGGUAUUCAAUGACAUUUCUGGAUCUAAUUCAUGCACUCCAGAGUGGUUUUUGCUGGCUGUGGUGUAGGUGUGGCUCUGUAUGUUCUCUGCACAAGAAUUGCCAUGUUGUAAGAAAGAACUGGGAUAGCUGUUGUGUUGGUUUUAAUGUAAGAAGGACAGCAUUGGGCUCCACAUUAUGAAACAAAUUCAAACCCAUUACCUCAGUCACCAGUAGGCUCUUAGAUUAUUGGUUAUUUUACAAUGAUUUCAAUACCCUGAUUUAAUUUUUGCCAUGAGUUUGGCUCCUGGGCAGUUUGGGGGACAAGCUGUCACUUGGUGGUUCUGUUUCUUGGCUCCUGCAUGCGCUGCUUGAAGACAGAGAUACUCUGCCCACAACAGUCUGGGCACAACCCCCCAGGAUGCCAAAAUCAGACAAAUUAUUGCAGGAGUUUUACUAAAAGCUUUACAGACCGAACUUGGACCUCUUCCUCAUGUUGGUCUUCUGUGAAUAUGAACACUUUCUGUUGUAAUCUCUUUUUGGGGCACUCUGUGCUUAACCCCCUGUGGGACUCUGGCCUUGGGUUUCCUAAAAAGAGCUUUUCUCUUGCUGAAAAGCACCCCAGGAUGAGCCCCAACUGCAAAGCAUCAAGUGUGGUGCACACCCUGCUGGGCUUGCAAUGCCUCAAGCAAUCUGUUGUUUAAACAAGUCUGAAUAAAGUCCAUCUUUUCCAUUGGUGCCUAAUAGAUAAAUUGAGGGUGAUUCAAAUCAAUUUUCUGUUCAUUCAGUUUAUCCAAACAGUGUCUUUUUAUGGAUGUGUACAACAAGUAAUUACCAUAAAUACACUUGGCAGCGUUUGCAUGUCACCACCAUGAAAGCUUAAUACUGUUCUCUGGUUUACAUUGUUUGGAGACCAAAAUCCUUAAUAUCCAGCGAGGUGUGAUGCCUGUUCAUCCAGCCAAUGUGAUGGCUCAACAGAUGAAUGCUGCUCAUCAAGCUACUGUGAUGGUUCAACAGAUGAAUGCAGAUCAGUCUUAACCUUUAGGAUUCAUUAUUCAUAUAUUAGCAAAGCAGUUUCCCCCUUUGCCCACAUCAUGCCCAAAAAUCACUUUCAUGUGAGCAUAAUUUGUUGGUCAAAGCUGCAGGGUUUGGGAAUGUGCUAGACAUUAUGGUCUGAAUAUGGGCUCAUUCACUUUUUUUCAUCUGCCCUUACCUUUGUUUAUGGGCUUAUAAAUUAUUUUCCUCUACAGUGACAGUAAUAAAUAAAUAUUGAUAAUUUUAAUUUGUAUAUUUUAUGUAUAAAGACCCUCAAGGGUAAUGAAUGAUUGUGAAAUAAUUUACCUGGGUGUGAAAUGUUUUGGUUUUGUAAACCAGACUUUGUUGGUUCAGUAGCUGACAGUAUACUGUAUCAAGUUGGUUGACUGUUUAAGCUCAUUUUUUAAAUUAAAGAUUUUUUUUGCAUGUGUGGAGGACAAAGGACUUUGCAAAGUAAUUCUCUUGACAGCUGUCUUGUCCAGUGCGAUGAGCGACUCAAGAAACAUUCUUCACUGACAUAUUUAUAUUAUGAAAGAAAAUCACACUGUAGUUCCCCGUCAUUUAAUUUGAAUAAAAACUGGACUAAUGAAACUUU